AUGCUGAGAAGUAUUGCACGGCAAUUAAUUGGAUGUUUGAAAAAUGAGCCGAUUUAUUCACUCGGAUCGCUUGAUGGACUGAUGACAGCUCAUCAGGCAUCGUUAAGUUUGGAAUUACUUAUUACUCCCUUUGAUUAUUUCUGUUUUUACCACAGUGCUUGUUCUUUCCGUGCAUUUUUUGCAUGCUUUCAGUUUCCACAAGGACCAGAAAUAGUUGCUGUAGCAGUGGCCGAAUCGUUCAAAUUACUUGAUCUGCUGGAUGAUGAACAUCUACUCAAUUUGUAUAAUUGUACACAUAUUGAUGAAGAAAUCGAUGACGGCCUUCAUUUUAUACCUAAAUCACAAUACAUUAUCGACAAGAAUGCGAUUAAAGAAUUUUUUGUAUUCGCGGAUGGUGUGGUCGUGUUUUGGGGGAUUAAUCACAUCGAGCGCAGUCAGAUCUUGGGUAUUCUGUCCGAAUAUACCGAAUUACCAUAUGCUGCCUCGCUGGUACUGGAAGAAACCGAUACAUUAUCGUUUCGCAUGGUCAAGGAAGGUGAAACACGAAUGAAGGGUGAACAACUGCUACUGAACUUUACAGACUAUCUAGAUGGCCAUUUUUCCUCUCUGGCAACCUUGGAGCGUUUCGCUUUCUCUCAUGGAAUGGCUGCUUCUGUGAAAGUUGCUAUUUGGGAAGCACAAUUGGACGAAUAUGCGGAGCCACUUGCGAAAGCAUCAAAAGGGCUUAGUGUUGGCAAAAUUCCAUUGAAAAGGAAGAAUGUUUUGAUGCAAACUGGCACACUUUUAACGCUUAGUAUUUUCAGAAUGCUAAAUGCGCAGCUAGAUUACUGUAGUGAGAUAUUGAAGGUGGUGAAUGAUAUGCAAACGCACAACCUUAAUGCUCGAUUGGAAUGGAUGAUUAUUUGGCUUAUAAUGGUGGAAGUAGUUUUCGCUGCAGUUGAACAUUUUGGCUUAAGUUUUGGUUCCCCGCGUAAAGUGUGCAUUGAUAAUUGUGAUGAAAUUGCAAAAGAAAUUAGUGAAAAUAUGCGAAAAAGUUGA